AGGCCCUUCAUUUGCCAUCUCCCUCAUGGCUUCUUCAUCUUCAUCUUACGACAUAUUCCCAAGUUUCAGAGGCAAAGACGUCCGACGAACCUUUCUCAGCCACUUGCUCAACGAGUUCCAGCACCGAAAGAUCAUAGCAUUCGUGGACAAUGGAAUCAAUAGCAAAUCGAUUCAUCCAGAGCUUUUACGAGCGAUUAAGGCAUCGAGAAUCUCCAUCGUCAUCCUAUCGAAGAACUAUGCUUCUUCGAGCUGGUGCUUAAACGAACUGUUGGAGAUCAUGGAGUGCAAAGAUUCUCAAGAACAGAUGGUGAUGACAGUUUUCUACGAUGUGGAUCCGUCUCAUGUACGGUACCAGAUCGGAGAUUUUGGCAAGGGCUUCGAGAGAAGUUGUUUGGGGAAAACACAGGACGAGAAGCAGAGAUGGAAGCGAGCUUUGAUUGAUGUUGCCAACAUUUCGGGAGAGCAUUCAAAAAACUGGCAUAGUGAAGCAGCUAUGAUAAAAAAAAUUUGCAGAGAUGUUUCUAAUGAGUUGAAUUCUACACUGUCAAAGGAUUUCGAUGAAUUCGUUGGAAUCGAAGAUCAUAUAGAAAAGAUGAAUUUAUUGUUAAGUCUGGAGAGUAAUGAAGUGAAGAUGAUAGGGAUUUGGGGUCCAGCAGGCAUUGGUAAAAGCACAAUCGCUAGAGCGUUGUACAAUCGGUUAUCCAGCAGCUUUCAGGUUACUCUUUUUAUGGAGAAUGUUAAAGGAAGUUAUAGGAGUAAUGAAAGCUAUAGUUCGAAGUUGAGGUUGCAAGAAAGGUUUCUCUCUGAACUGUUCAAUGAUAAGGAUUUGAGGAUAAAAAAUCUAGGUGUUGCGGAGAACAGGCUUAGGUACUGGAAAGUGCUCGUUGUUCUUGAUGAUGUGGAUAACAUAGAGCAAUUAAAUGCUCUAGCAGAUCGACCUCACUGGUUUGGUGUUGGAAGUAGGAUUAUUGUGACCACCAAGCAUAAAGAUAUUUUGGAAGCGCAUGAUAUCAACCAUAUAUAUGAGGUGGGGUUUCCAUCAAGACUUGAAGCUCUGCAGAUAUUUUCUCAAUCAGCCUUCAGACAAGAUUCCCCAGCAGAUGGAUAUGUGGAGCUUGCAAAUGAAGUUACAAAGCUCACUCGUCUUCCAUUAGGUCUAUCUGUUUUGGGUUCAUCAUUGCGUGGCAAAAGCAAAACGAAGUGGAUUCGUGCACUACCUAGUCUCAAGGCCACUCUUCAUGCAGACAUUGAAAGGAUAUUAAGAAUUGGUUAUGAUAGCUUAGGUGAUAAUGAUAAUCUCAAAGCUAUAUUUCUCCAUAUUGCAUGCUUAUUCAAUGGUGAAAGAAAAGAUCGUGUGACCCAGCUCCUUGGAAAUAGUGAUCUUGACAUUGAAAGUGGACUUGACGUCCUAGUCGAAAGGGCUCUCAUAUCUAUCUCGAGUGACAAACGUAUCAUGAUGCACAAUUUGUUACAACACAUGGGGCGACUAAUCGUUCGUAGACAAUCAACCCAUGAACCUGGGAAACGUCAAUUUCUAGUGGAUGCUAAAACGAUCAAUGAUGUUCUUGCUGAUAAUACCGGAACAGGAACUGUUUUAGGCAUAUCGUUUAACGUGUCUGAAAUCGAGGAGUUGUUCCUAGGUAAGGGAGCUUUCGCUGGAAUGCAUAAUCUCCAAAUUUUAAGAUUUUACAAACACUGGUCUAAUAAGGCCAGACUGCAUUUAGAUGAAGGUUUGGACUGUUUGCCUUUACCUCCUAGACUCAGAUUACUCCAUUGGGAAGCGUGUCCUAUGAAAUAUAUGCAAACCCAACUCUCUGCGAAAUUUCUUGUUGAAAUCAAUAUGCGAGAGAGCAAAUUGGAGAAGCUCUGGCAAGGAGACCCUAUGCUCAACUGUCUGAAGAAAAUAAACUUGUGUGCCUCCGUCAACCUGAAAGAACUUCCUGAUCUUUCGAAAGCAACAAAUUUGGAGAGAAUAGAGUUGACUCGUUGCCGCAGUUUGGCCGCACUUCCUUCCUCUUUUGGAAAACUUCAAAAGCUGAAUUACUUACACCUUGGGGAAUGCAUAAACCUGGAGUCUUUUCCUGCAAACCUCGCAUUGAAGUCUCUAAGCUUCCUCAAUAUUUGCGAGUGCUCGAGACUGAAAGAUUUUCCAGAGAUUUCUAGUAAAAUUGUCUGUCUAAGUGCGUCCUUCGCAGCAAUAAAAGAAGUGCCUCUCUCAGUUCAACAUUGGAAUUGUCUGAAGAGAUUAACAAUGAUAUGUUGUGAAACAGUUACAACAUUCCCUCUUCUUCCAGCUACCGUAUCAAAGUUGUAUCUGGACUAUUCAAGAAUAACUGAGAUUCCUGGCUGGAUCAAGAAUCUCAAUGGGCUCAAGAUAUUGUCAAUGACAUACUGUGAGCAGCUGCUAGACAUCUCGCCAGACAUUUGUAAGUUAAUACGUCUCCAGAAGCUUAAUUUUACAGGAUGCAUUAAUGUGAGGAAAUUUCCUGUAGAAAUCUUCCAGAGCUUUAGCUUUAAGCAUGAGCUGUUACUGAGGUUGGACAAUGUUCAAGCUAAGAGUCUGCCGGCAGAUAUACCUGAAAAUAUCCAUAGCUUCCCCUUAAAAUUGUUUAUGAGUGAAAAUGAUUUCACAAGUAUUCCACAUUCCAUCAAACAUCUCUCACAUCUACACUCCCUUCACCUUCACGACUGCGUGGAACUUGUCUCACUGCCAGAGCUUCCAGACUCCCUGUCAGAACUGCAUGCAGAAAACUGUAGGUCACUGGAAAGCAUAUCUCAGCCAUGUAACUCAUAUCACAACCCCAAGCUCAUUCUCAAGUUCAAUAACUGCGUGAAACUGAUACGAGAAGCUCGUAAACUACUCAUUGAAGAAUGGGCUUGUGGCUAUGCAAUCUUACCAGGUGGUGAAGUUCCUGAAUACUUUAGUCACCAAGCUAGAGGAAGUUCACUGACUAUCCAUUUACAUCACAUGCAUCUAUCCGGAUCCAUGAAAUUCAAAGCUUGCGUUGUACUUCCUGCGGGAGAUUGGCCAAAUGAUGUCCCUGCUAGCUGUAUCCAAAUAUCUUGUCACCUCAGAGGCAACCACUCUACCUCUGUGUAUAUAUGGCCAUACAUAGAUGUGUCAUAUACCUUUGAGACGGAUCACUUAUUUAUUCUCAACUCUUAUUUCACGUUAGAGCAAGACAACAUUCCAGAAGACAAGUUGCAGUUUGAUUUCGGGGGCCUUCCUUGCAAGAUAUUACGAUGUGGUGUGCAAUUCGUAGAGGCAUGUCCCUGCAAAUAUGACUAUGUAGCUCACCCCAAAUAUGACUACGUAGCUCACCCCAUCUUAUCGUCUCUUCCUCUUGAGGGUGAUAAAUGCAAGAUCCCUAGCGUUGUAGAUAUGGACUAUGAAGACAUCAAAGAUGCUGGAGAAACCGCUUUACAAACAAGGAGAAGCACAAAAAGAAAGCGGCCAAGUUCUUCAGAAGAACCAGAGAAGAUAAACAAGAAACUGUGUGUAUCUAUUAGGAAGGCAGCAAAGAAGCUGGAGAAAUCUAUUCAGAGGCAAGAAAAAAACAAGAAAACAGAGAGAUUGAACAAGAAAUUGUCUGGCAUUUGAUGGGUUAUUGCGGCUCGUUGUCAGAACUUUCUCCUGAUCCAGUCGCUUCAUCGGCUCAACAUCAGUUUCGUUACAGCACCAAAAUGAUAUACAGACUAGCAAACACAAACCGGUUAAGCCCCAAUGGAUCAACUAAGGAUUACUAAACCGGUUUCAUGAGUCUCACUCACAGACUACAGGAAAGUGAUGCUUUGUUCAGAAAAAUGAAAGAAGAUGGGCCUCUCCCAGACGGCUAUACGUAUAAUUAACUAAUUAAGGCACGCCUUAGGUAAGGUGACAAAGCCUCAUCAGCUGAACUCAUCUAAGAAAUGAGGAGUGGUCCUGUGAUGCUCCAUCGUUUAGCUUGGUCACUUAUAUGUUGCAUGAUGGGAGAUUGGACAAAAGCUCAUGUAACCUGUUUCCCUUAUAAUUUGGUGAUCAACUAGUUAUAUUUGCUUCUCUAGUGAUUACUUCUUAAAGCAGUUCACAUGUUACAAAUUUAUCACUGAAAAUUUUGAGAGAGAAUUGUCACCAAAUAACUGGAGACUUUCUUUUUCGCAUUGCACAAUUACAGUAGCUCACAAAGAUCAAAACCUUUCUGUAAUAAAUCAGGUCCAAACCAAAUCAUACAUUUCAAAUUCCCAUUUCUAUCUAAACGAUUCAGAAGACCUGACAAUAACAGGUAUAGAUGAUGACUAAAAUACCAGUACUGUAUUAAUUUUUUCGUACAAAACCCAAUUAGUCAAAAUCAUUACCUGUACCGAUUCAAAACAGAACCAAUUUACUAGUUUGCUCCCACAUUUCUCAGCCUUUCACUGCCAGAGAUUGCAAAUCUUCGAGGAAAUCUUGAAGGCUCAAAUCAUCAGUAA